GGGCAUUUUACAUUUGAAACCCCUGUCUGAAAUUCAUUAGACCCUGUUCCCCACAAUAAGGAUUCAAGCACGAGAUAAACCUCUCUAGAAGGAAUGGAGAGCACAGCAGGGGCACCUGUGCAUGCUCAGAUGGAGGAGUUGAGGCUGAAAUGUGUCGGUGAAAUACCAAUCAUGCAGAAACAGGUCGAUUCUGUCUCCGUGUCCUUCUUGAAGUCCCUCGAUUUUAUCAAUUCCAGGUCUAAAGAAACCGUUCAACUUCAAGAGAAACUUAAGACAUUGAAAGCCGAACUCCCGGAAGCGGAAGAGGGUAUGCUGAACGCGCUUGAAGAAAAAACCAAAAAGGAAGCAAAACGGAUGGCUGUAGUGGAAUCGUUGUCAGUUGUGAAAUCAAGAACGGAUCAACUUAAAAGAGUUGUUGAAGCUCAAAGGGCAAGACGAGAUGAAUAUGCCAGAAUAGUAGUUGAAGAAUCCAAUGAUUUGAAAGCAUGUGAGGAGAAGCAUCACGAGAAAUCUGAGCAUAAAAAUGGAGUAGAAGAGGCAAUUUUGUGGUAUGACAAGAAUCUUGGGUUUCGAACCGAGUGUGGUAGUGGGGUGAAGUUCAUAUUUUCAAACAUUAAUAUGAAAAAACCACAUGAAGAGUACUCCUUCACUAUUCGUCAUGAAAGUGAUACAUAUGCCUUGCUUGAUUGUAAUCCAAGCCUAAAUGACACAAAGGAACUGCUCAUUGAGCUAAACCAUAGCAACGGGCUAUACAAAUUUGUCACAACUAUGAGGGAGAAAUUUCAAGAAUCUGCAUUGUGCGGAAAUCUCUCUAAAGUGAGAUCACACAACCAAAGUAUUCCCACUGCAUCUGUGUCCACUCCAUUUUGUUCAAUCCCAAUAGAGAGUGGUAGUGAAUCUUUAUUCAAGCAAAGAGAUCCUCAAGCUGAAGAAUUUAUCAGAGAUUCAAAGAAACUUAAGAAUGUCAGUGUUGGCAAGUCAGGCCUCCCUUCUCCUGGAUCUGCUUGAUCUCUUUGCAGCUCUCCACCUUUCUUGAAACGUAUCCUACCAAACGGGGAACAAAUUGAUUACAAUGCUUCUUGUAUUUGGUUGAUAGCAGCAGUGAAAAGAAAUUCUGGACUAUGCUCUUAUCGUUUGGGUGAUUGUAGACUACGUAGCACGGAAACUCUCGGGAAAGAGUACGUUUCCGUUUCGGAAACUUCGAAACUCUCCAAACAAGCGUUUUUGAGCAAAAGUUGAUGUUUCCCGUUUCCUGUUUCCUCAUGAUUUUCGUGUUUCCGUGUAACAUAGGCUGUAGACAUUGUUAACUGUAUGUGAGGGUUCUAAUGAAGAUUCAUUUCUGUUAAUUGGCAGACAGGUUAAGAAGUGAGGAGUUACUUUCCAUUAAUUUCAACAAGUCCACAGUUGCACACUUGCACCAUGAAGUUGGCUAACUCUGUCAGUUCAAUUCAAUGCACCUAUGGAAGGGUGUGCUUGAUAGAAAGUGGGAAUUGGUUUCAUGUACCCAUUUGGCAAUUGGGAGGGGCACAAAGUAGGAAACAAAAUCCAGUGAGCAUCUUCUACUCGAUACAAACCAUGCCCCCCCCGUUUCCUCAAUAACAAAUGUGCUUUUGCCGGUGUGGGUUCCUUAGAAGUCCCAAAUGUGAAUUGUACACCAGAUUCUUGUGAAUUGUUAUACUCCCUCCGUCUCAGAAACAACUUCCCAGUUGGAUUUCACACAUAUUAAGAAACUAAUUUAGUAGGAGGUAAAUUUUACUGUUUCGACACUGUUUUGCAUUGUUUUGAUGUAUAUAAUUUAUCAAACAAGGAAGCGAGAAGUUAAUUUUGGGACUGACCAAAAAGGAAAGGUAAAAGUUGUUUUUGAGACGGAGGGAGUAUCCGAGUAUGUGAUUAGGGUUCGCAUUCUAUUAGUGAUUUUUAUUCGCUUA